AUGGAGUCAGAUGGCAUCAAACGUAGCGAAGAACAAAGGUUGAAGGGUAAAGUUGCAAUAAUUACGGGUGGUGCAAGAGGCAUAGGAGCUGCUACAGUCAAACUUUUUGCAUCAAAUGGGGCUUAUGUAGUAGUGGCCGAUGUACUCGAUGAGCUAGGUGUCAACCUCGCCAACUCCAUUGGAGGCCGUUAUAUACACUGCGAUGUCUCCAAAGAAGCUGAUCUAGAGUCGGCGGUGAAGCUAGCUUUGGCAUGGAAGGGCCGGCUUGACAUAAUAUUCAAUAAUGCAGGCACAUCAGGUGCAGAUGGGAGCAUCACCAAUGUGAACAUGAACGAAGUGAAUAAAAUCAUUGCAGUAAACUUAUUUGGCGUAGUGCACGGGAUCAAGCACGCGGCUCGUGCCAUGAUCGAGGGCGAACGAGGCGGCUCCAUCAUAUGUUCCUCAAGCUCAGCUGCUAUCAUGGGUGGCCUAGCCUCACAUGCCUACACAAUGUCAAAGGGUGCAAUUCAGAGCCUGAUAAAGAGUGCAGCAUGUGAACUCGGACAACAUGGCAUUCGAGUGAACUGCAUUUCUCCUCACGGUGUGCCAACAGAGAUGCUAAUUAGUGGUUACAGAAGAUUUCUUGGGGACAUUGAAGCAGAAGAGAUUUCCAAAAUAAGUGCAAAAAGUUGCAGUUUAUUAAGUGGAAGAGGAGGAACAACUCAAGAUGUGGCUGCUGCUGCUCUUUUCUUGGCUACUGAUGAAGCUGGAUUUAUAACAGGACAUAAUCUUGUAAUUGAUGGGGGUUUUACUGAAGCUAGUACCAAUAUGAUUCAUAUGUACCAAGAUACAAAAUUGGUCAAGUAAAUUUGCAUCCUUUGGCUAUUGUUAUCACUAAUUGAAGUGUAAGAUAGACUAUUUGUAUGGAGUUAACUGAAAAUAAGUGUUCAAGUUGUAUAACUAUUUAAAAGGAAUUAAAAUUCUA